GGGAGGAUCCACAUACAGAGAAAGAACAGUGUGCCCGAGACGAGAUCUGAACCCAGGUCAGCCAGUCCUCACCUUUAUUGGUAGCAGGCGCUAACCGUUACUCCACCAGACCUCACAAACCGCCUGUCGUGAACAAUUCUAACCGUUGCGCCACCGGAUCGCACAAACCUCCUGUCGUGAACAAUUCAUUCACGGGGGCAAAGGGAAGAUCUGCUAUUUCAUCUGCUUGUCUGUCAUAGCUUGCCUUGCGACACCAUAGGUGCAUGCGAUCAGUCAACACUUCACUCAGAUGACCAAGCAAGCUGUGAACACUUAGCCGACGUGCACAUGCGUCUCGGCCCCUCCCCGAUUUGCAGGGAUGGGGGAAACCGCGCGUGAACGUAGUCCAUCAUCAGCAGCAGCAGAAGUAGAAGCAAAAAAAAAAAAAAAAUUGCUACCCUCCCCUCCAACGCUGAUAAUUUUGUGGUGCAGCAUCGCAGCCUGGCCCCAAUUCUCGCUCACCAGCAGUCAACGCAACAGCGGAGCAGCUGGCAGAGGCGGACUUCUUCCCCACCCUUGUGAUACCAACGGGCUGGUACCUCACCGAAAUCAUCUCACAUGCAUACGAGCACUGCCCGCCUACACAGACCGAGUUCCACUGGCGACAAGAACCCGAUAACAUCCCGUUUCAUUAUACGACAGGAUAACAUCGGGUGAAGUGAGAUCAAACGCAAGUGUGUAACAAGAGGACGAACCAACGAUGAUGCCACCUCUGUCAAUCGAAAGAUUCAGAAGACGGCGCCAUCAGAACUCCAUGAUGACUCACCAAGCAGCUUGGACAGGGAUGCUUGUCGUCUGCUCGCUGAUGAUGGUGGUCAAAGCGGCGCAUCUGGGUGACAGCGCAGCGGACAACUCCCAGACAACGACUCCAGGAGACACUCCCUUCUACGGCGUGAUGCUGGACGCCGGGAGCUCCAGUACCAAGGUGAAGAUCUUCACUUACACAAAAGGGAAGCUACCCACUCUCAUUCCAUCCGUCCAGCUUCUAGUCACCAAAACAGUGCCACCAGGUCUAAGUGAUUUCAUAUCGAAGUUGGACGAACUGCCGAACUACCUCAACGGGACCCUACAAAUAGCCGCCCAAUAUGUCCCUGUGUCUCAGCAAGCUUCAUCUCCAGUGUAUCUCAUGGCUACAGCUGGGCUCCGGAAACUGAACGAGGAGGAUGCGAACCAGCUGUUGUCUGCGAUUCGAGGGGUGCUGGCCGACAGCAGCAUCAACCCGUUCAAAUUCCUUCCCGAACACGUCAGCAUUCUGUCGGGAGAGGAGGAGGCCGUCUACGCCUGGCUGUCCCUCAACUACCUCCUGGGCUUCUUCUCCUCAAACAUGACGUCCAAGGAUUCCGUUGGCAUGAUGGAAAUGGGCGGGGGGUCCAUGCAAGUGGCUUUCCUGCCCUCUGCGCCCCUCUACCAGGAGGAAUUCCAGGUCUACGUCGGACGCGAACGCUUUGACCUCUACGCACAGUCCUAUCUUGACUACGGCGCCAACUACAUCAGAGACCGCGUGUACGAAGUGCUGAUGGAGGAGAGUAACACGACGGGACAAGUGAAACGUCUGGAGAGCCCGUGCAUGCUCAGAGGCGACAAGGGCAAAUAUGCAGGCAGCAGUGCGAGCUAUAUAGAAGUGACCGGCACCAGUGAUCCCGAGAAAUGCGAAGGGAUGCUGAUCAAGAUACUGAAGCCGGCACGGGAUGCCUUGUGCUCCCCCGCCCCUUGCGCCAUCGGCAACAGGUACCAGCCUGACGUGGACCAAGUGCCUUUCUAUGCCAUCAGUGCCUUUGUAUAUUCAUCCGAGGCACUUCAUGCCAUCGACAGCAACAAAAAGCUCAACAUUUCCCUUCUCAGGGAAAACGCCUGGAAACACUGCACAAAGGCCAUGGGCGAUCCAGGUGUAACGAAAUACGGCUCCAGUAACUGUUUGAUGGGACUGUACAUUCCGCAGCUUCUUACUCGAGGUCUAGACUUCCCGAUGAACACCAACCUCAUAACUGCUACAACGAAGAUCAGCAACACUAGCAUAGACUGGGCCACAGGAGCCAUGUUGCAGCAGCUGUCCAUGGCGUUCAUGGACGACCUCGACUCGUUGACUGUACGCUGCCAGUAUGGAACCAAGCCAUUCCCAUUAACCACUUUACAGGUGACCUCUGGGUCACACUCUGUGACGCCAUCCAUUGCUGUGGCUGUAGCCUUACUUGCCGUUACCUUCGUGAGAAAACUCAGCGAGUACAUUUCAUUGUUCUAAAAGGAAGAACCUAGUUUUAAAGGCACGCUUGUCGGAAAGGAGCAUCUUUGUCUUUUACGAAUGUAUCUCACUUGCAAGAACGUUACGCAAAAUGCAUUUCAGAUAGCUUUCAUCCCAAGGUUCCACGUCAUAACAGUGCUUUAAAACAUUCCUAUGAGAGCAGACGACGAGUUGAGUGUCCACGCACAUACUAAUCCGAACAACAUCAACAACAACAAAAAGGUAUAAGGGUGACCUUCCUAGCGCCCUGAUCACCUUUACCGUUUGACCCCUCAUUGCAAUGAUCUGAAAGUCAAAAGCUAGACCCCACUGUAGCUUCAAGGGAGGUGCAGAAAACCCCAGAGACAGCAGGACUACGCGAGCUCCUCUGAACAGCAUUAUUUUUAUUUUAAAAUUGUUAUAUUUACUGAAUGGUGCAUGAAAACAUUUUCUGUGAUGGUGCUGGGUUACCGAUGCAAUAAGGUAUUCACUGGUUUUGGCUGUGUGCACAAUAUAUUAUUGCUUUUAGAACAUGAAAUGACUCUAAAUAUUUUGGGUUACAAUUUAAUAUGAAUUAAGGGUGGUGGUGCUUGUGAUACACUUUUUAAAAGCUGCAUUUGGAUAUUUGGAUGUUUAUUUUGCCGGGUUUGUAGAGUCAGAUGGCUUUCCUGAGUUCUAUUUCCUCCUUUUCGCAUUUUUAGAAUGCUUAUUUGAGAUCGUUGCGACCUUUGGUAUCUUCAUCUCCGAGCUCUUCUUAUCUGCAGCAGAUUUCCCACACAGCCCUCUGUAAGCUUUGUGCAGUGUAAAGCCUCCUCAGGAUGUACACGAAAAAAGACAUGGUUGGGGAAAAAAGGGGUUGGCACUUACGAUAACAGCUUCGAUGAAGAACACGUAGCCUAGAAGCAUAAAUAUAGUUGUCAAUGAUUUAAGCUACUCUUAUCAACGAGUUUUUUUUUUUCUGGCAACAGUCGACGAAGCUCUCUCGUAUCUAAUCAUGGACGCGGAUGGAAAGACGGCAGAAAAUGUAGUGGUUCCUCCUGCAUUCGGCCUCUACAGACAACUUGUACGCGUACCUCCGAUACAUUAAAGGUAGUAAUGUACCUGUACCCCCGGUACACAAAAGGUAGUAAUGUACCUGUACCUCCGGUACACAAAAGGUAGUAAUGUACCUGUACCUCUGGUCCGCAAAAGGUAGCAAUGUACGUGUACCUCGCAGACGACGCAGAGGCGCGGCACCGUUGUACGGUCCAAAUGUGUGCGUUCCGGAAUGUGGUCAUGAUGAUGGAGGACAAACGGUCCUGUGACAUUGCAAUAUCGUUGCGCUUUCAGGUACAAAUGGGCUUUUGGCUAUGUGAACGCUAACUGCUGUUUUCUUUAUCCAAAAGAGUUUGUUUUUGUUUUGUUUUUUUUCGCGAGGGCUUGAAGUGUGAGUCGUUGACUCUAAAUUUCAAUUUACUUAUAUCUGAGUAUUUCUUUGGAGAAACUUAGGACGAGGCGAUGUUCGCUCCAUAUGCAAAAUAUUUGCGCGGCAUUCGUCGCUUGUAUUGGAAUUCCUUUUUCUUUGACUGCAUCCUGAUAUGUAGGGAUGUAACAUCUUCCAGACAAGAGAGCGUACACACAUAAGUAAUUUACACAAAUGCCGCUCGGACAAAGAACUGAAGUGUCAAACCUCCCAAGUGCUCAAAAGUCAGUCGCUAGUAGUACAGCCCUUAACAGGGCGAAAUGCUAAAGCGUGAGACUUCCAAUGCCCUAAAGUCUCAUUGUGCUGGCAAAUGGCAAAUAAGUUCAGACUCCACUGGGAGUGAAUAGGAAGGAGAACGUUGACCGAAGUUCUAAUUGCCAAAGUUGGUCAUAGGUUCAACUUUUGCCGAGUUCAGAAGGGUCUUUAAGAAAGACCUUUAGCAUCUUGUCAAAACCUUGCAAUUGUUCGCUCCCGUUGUUUUAUGAUGAAUAUUAGUUCAUUCAUUCAAGUUAAGCCGCAUUGUUCGGGAAGCAGAUGAAUAACCAGAUAACCAUGUAUUAUUCGCUAACUGGUGGCCAGUUUGUCUAUCUCGCCAGCUCCUGUUUCGCAUGGUAUUUUAACUGUUGGCACAGUACUGCCGUCCUAUCGUUUGCCAUGCAAUGGCCGCCACCCCACUCCUGGCAGCCGUGUAGUCUCAUCUGCUCUUAGUGCUGAUUAACCAUCAGUAACGUCAUCCAGUCAGUUCUCGGAACAACUGAUAGCUUUCCCCUCACACUUUUCCACCGGCUAUUUUAGAAGCAAGAGCUACAACUUAUAGGAAAUGGUGCUUCGGGUUUUCUGGAUGCAACCUAAUCAAUCAGCUUUAUGCUGCAUGGGACAAAGGUGUAUACCGUUCUCAUAACACAUAAUGUGACCAUAUCUGCAUCAUUUUAUCUUCAUAAAUUAUCUUGGACAGGUUUUACAGGCAACAGGAGACAAAACAAUAUAUCCACUGCAACAUCCUUCAAAAAAUAAGCACUUUAAAAAAAAUUAAAAUGAUAAUGUGCUUUCUUUUUUUGAGUGAAAGUAAGCUUUUUGCUGCUUCUCAUCAUUUAUUUCAAGAUUGAAAUUUGUCAGGAUUUAAAUUGAUCACUAUUUAAAAAUCUUUGUUGAAAUCUAGUGUUGAAAUCUAAUCUUGAAAUCUAACCCUGACUUAUUUCUUGAAUCAGCUGUGCAUGUCAAAAAGGCACCUCAAAUCUAGAUUUUUCUCAAACCUUUAAUUUUAUCACUGAGUGUAUGUCCCUGUGUGUCUCCAAAUUGUUAUUAAAACUUUCUGGAAAAAAGA